UGUCAAUGUGCGCCAUUUUGGAUAGAAAAAAUCACGGGCAUUUCUGGAAGCCCUUAUUCACGAGUCUAAUCACUGUUUCACUGUAGUAUCCUGCACUGAAUAUCAAUCUUAACAAUUCAGAUUGCGCUCGGAAGACCUCCCACAGACGCCAGUUCUGUUGCAGAAAGUGGCAAUGGCAGGUGUCGGAGGAGGGAAUGAUUUCCAAUGGUGCUUCUCCCAAGUCAAGGGAGCCAUAGACGAGGAUGUGGCCGAAGCGGACAUCAUCUCAACGGUGGAGUUCAACUACACGGGAGAGCUGCUGGCCACGGGGGAUAAGGGGGGCCGGGUGGUGAUCUUCCAGAGGGAGCAAGAGAGUAAAAACCGUCCUCAUUCUCGAGGCGAGUACAACGUGUACAGCACCUUUCAGAGCCACGAGCCCGAGUUUGACUACCUGAAGAGCUUAGAGAUCGAGGAGAAGAUCAACAAGAUCAGAUGGCUCCCCCAACAGAACGCCGCCCACUUCCUGCUCUCCACGAACGACAAAACCAUCAAGCUGUGGAAGAUCAGCGAGCGAGACAAGAGGGCGGAGGGCUACAACCUGAAGGACGAGGACGGGAGGAUGAGGGACCCAUUUAGGAUCACCUCCUUACGGGUGCCUGUGCUAAUGCCCAUGGACCUUAUGGUGGAAGCUAGCCCUCGGAGGAUAUUCGCUAAUGCACACACAUAUCACAUCAACUCCAUCUCAGUAAAUAGUGACCACGAAACAUACCUGUCGGCAGAUGACCUCAGAAUAAAUCUAUGGCAUUUAGAAAUCACAGAUAGGAGUUUUAACAUCGUGGACAUCAAGCCGGCCAACAUGGAGGAGCUGACGGAGGUGAUCACGGCCGCAGAGUUCCACCCGCAGCACUGCCACACGUUGGCCUACAGCAGCAGCAAGGGCACCAUCCGCCUCUGCGACAUGAGGGCCGCCGCCCUCUGCGACAACCACAGCAAAUUCUUUGAGGAGCCCGAGGACCCCAGCAGCAGGUCGUUCUUCUCUGAGAUCAUCUCGUCAAUCUCCGAUGUCAAGUUCAGCCACAGCGGGCGCUACAUGAUGACCCGGGACUACCUGUCAGUCAAGGUGUGGGACCUCAACAUGGAGAACCGCCCCGUUGAAACCUACCAGGUGCACGAGUACCUGCGCAGCAAGCUGUGCUCGCUGUAUGAGAACGACUGCAUCUUCGACAAGUUUGAAUGCUGCUGGAACGGCUCCGACAGUGCCAUCAUGACGGGCUCGUACAACAACUUCUUCCGGAUGUUCGACCGGACGUCCCGCCGCGACGUGACCCUGGAGGCGUCGCGGGAGAACAGCAAGCCCCGCGCCGUGCUCAAGCCGCGCAAGGUGUGCAGCGGCGGCAAGCGGAAGAAGGACGAGAUCAGCGUGGACAGUCUGGACUUCAACAGGAAGAUCCUGCACACCGCGUGGCACCCCAAGGAGAACGUCAUCGCCGUGGCCGCCACCAACAACCUCUACAUAUUCCAGGACAAGAUCAACUAAGCCCCCCCGGGGGGACCCCUCUUGUUCUCUUCCAAUCUCCCCUGGAACCCCGCCCCCCCCUCCCCCAGGGACCCCCACCCCCUCCACCCAGUCUCCCGACCCCUCCACCCCGCCCACUGCCCGACCCCAGCCACUGUACCACGGACGGACAGAAAUGUGUACUUGCAUAGUUAAGUCUAGUCGUUAUCUCUGUCUAAAGAAGCAACGGCCUUGUUGUCCUCUGGGCCUGUUUGGCUGUGUAAACGGACACAGACCAGCAGACAGACAGACUGUUUCUCCACUGUCUGACGUGUGCGUGCGUGUGUCUGCGAGAGUGGGCGUGUGAACGAGUGCGCGUCGAGGCUGGAGGCCCCCGAGUUGGAGGCCAGCACACGGUAGACCCCAACCUGAGGCCAAACGUGUCGACAGUUAUUUAUUCUGAGCCUUUUUUUUGUUUGUGUUUCGUUUCUUUGUUUUUCUUAUGAUUUGACGACCAAAAUUAUGGCACAUGGGUGCGGCAGGUGAGAGGGCUCUCCUCCAUACUGUGAAGCCUGGGCCUGUGAAGAACAGCAGCAGACGGCGAUGGUUAUGAUGACGACGACGAUGAUGCCUGAUAACAUUCCUCCCGUGGCUUGGCGAGGCGGCCUCUGGCGCCCCCUGUCUGAUCUUCUCAGCACUUACAACCGGUCUGCCCAGUGGACAGUUGGUUCUUUUUUUUCUUUUUUUUCUCCUUUUUUCUCAUGCAUAAUAACAUUUACUCACUGACUGUAUCUAAUAUAACCACACCGUCUGGUGUCAACCACUUAAUAAAAGUAACAAAAACGACA